AUUCUCGCAUGUCGGCUUCCUUCUUCCUUCACCAUUCUCAAUCAUUCUCCUAAUCACGUGUGAUAUUUUACCCGGUUAUUUAUUGUAAUUUUUAACUUUAGCGAUCAAAGAUGACGGCUUCAAAUAGUUCAGGUGAUAACAAGCGAUCCAAAACUGGCGCAUACAUUGAUAAAAGCAAGCCAAAGGAUAUUCGAAGCAGCAACAUUACAGCUGCCAAAGCCGUUGCAGAUGCUAUCAGAACCAGUUUAGGUCCAAGAGGAAUGGAUAAAAUGAUCCAAGCUGCCAAUGGAGAAGUCACCAUUACAAAUGAUGGAGCUACCAUUCUGAAGCAGAUGAGUCUUAUGCACCCUGCCGCGAAAAUGUUAGUGGAACUGUCCAAAGCUCAAGAUAUUGAAGCAGGAGAUGGAACAACCAGUGUAGUUGUCGUUGCCGGAAGCUUGUUGGAGGCAGCAGAGAAGCUUCUUGCCAAGGGAAUUCACCCCACCGUCAUUUCAGAUGCUUUUCAAAAGGCUGCGCAGCAGUGUGUCAAAUUUUUGGCAGAGAUGGCCAAGAAAGUUGACCUUAGUGACAAAGAAAAUUUAAUCAAGAGCGCAUCUACCUCUCUAAACUCCAAAGUUGUGUCCCAGCAGUCUUCUCUGUUAGCUCCUCUUGCUGUAGAUGCAGUUCUCAAAGUUGUCGAUCCAGCCCGCGAUUCCAAUGUUGAUUUAAAGGAUAUCAAAGUUAUUCCAAAGCUAGGAGGAACAGUUGAAGACACAGAACUUAUUGAAGGACUUGUUUUUACUCAAAAAGCGGCCAACAUCAAUGGCCCAAAACGCGUUGAAAAAGCAAAAAUUGGUCUUAUACAGUUCUGUAUCUCUCCACCUAAGACAGACAUGGACCACAACGUGAUAGUCUCAGAUUAUGCAGCCAUGGAUAGGGUACUCAAGGAAGAAAGGGCAUACAUAUUGAACAUCGUUAAACAGAUCAAGAAAAGUGGAUGCAAUGUUCUCCUUGUCCAGAAAUCUAUCUUGCGAGAUGCCCUUAGCGAUUUAGCGAUACAUUUCUUGGACAAAAUUAAAGUCAUGGUUGUCAAAGAUGUUGAACGUGAAGAUAUUGAAUUCGUUUGCAAAACGUUAAACUGCAGGCCAAUUGCCAGUUUGGAUCACUUUUUGCCGGAACACCUCGCUACCGCAGAGUUGGUGGAAGAAGUAGCAACUGGGAACAGCCGUUUUGUCAAAAUUACUGGAAUUCACAAUCCUGGCCGCACAGUGACAGUUCUCGUUCGUGGAAGCAACAAGUUAGUCCUAGAGGAAGCAGAGCGAUCACUCCAUGAUGCUCUCUGUGUUAUCAGAUGUCUUGUCAAAAACAGGGCUUUGAUCGCAGGUGGUGGUGCUCCUGAAAUCGAACUCAGUUUGAAAUUGUCCAAGUAUGCCCAAACCGUAUCUGGUGUUGAUGCCUAUUGUUUCAGAGCGUUCGCCCAAGCCUUAGAAGUUAUUCCAUCAACCUUAGCCGAAAACGCUGGGUUAAAUCCAAUUGCAACCGUCACAGAACUUCGUAACUGGCAUGAGCAAGGACUGACAGAAGCUGGUAUCAAUGUCAGACAAGGAAAAAUCACCAAUAUCUUAGAGGAAAAUGUUGUUCAACCUUUGUUAGUCUCAACAAGUGCUAUCAAUUUGGCCUCUGAAACCGUGCGAAGUAUUCUCAAGAUUGACGAUAUUGUCAACACAAUGCAGUAACCACAUCUCGCUUUUUUGUUACUUUUAUUACUAUCCUCAUUUAAUUUCCUAAUUUAAGCUUAAGUCACACUUUACAAAGUUUUAUAUUUAUGAAUGUGCAUUUUCUAACAAUAAAAAAAAUUGUCCUUGAGAAA